CCGGAGCUGCCACCGCCACUGCCACCGCCACUGCCGCCGCCGCCGCCGCCGCCGCCGCCGGACGCACUGCCGCACGGACCCCGCAGCCCUUGCCGGCCCCAAGAGAACUCUGCAGUUCGCGCCUCCUGCCUGUCCAAGCACCGCGGCCACCUGCGCACAGAUGGAGCUGGACCACAUGACGAGCGGCGGCCUCCACACCUACCCUGGGCCCCGGGGCGGGCCGGCGGCCAAGCCCAACGUGAUCCUGCAGAUCGGUAAGUGCAGGGCUGAGAUGCUGGAGCACGUGAGGAGGACCCACCGGCACCUGCUGACUGAGGUGUCCAAGCAGGUGGAGCGGGAGCUGAAGGGGCUGCACAGGUCAGUGGGCAAGCUGGAGAGCAACCUGGACGGCUACGUGCCCACCAGCGACUCGCAGCGCUGGAGGAAGUCCAUCAAGGCCUGCCUGAGCCGCUGCCAGGAGACCAUCGCCAACCUGGAGCGCUGGGUCAAGCGCGAGAUGCACGUGUGGAGGGAGGUCUUCUACCGCCUGGAGAGGUGGGCUGACCGCCUGGAGUCCAUGGGCGGCAAGUACCCGGUGGGCAGUGAGCCGGCCCGCCACACCGUCUCCGUGGGAGUCGGGGGUCCUGAGGGCUACAGCCACGAGGCCGAUGGCUACGACUACACCGUCAGCCCCUACGCCAUUACCCCGCCGCCGGCCGCUGGCGAGCUGCCCGGGCAGGAGCCUGAGGAGGCCCAGCAGUACACGCCCUGGGUGCCCGGCGAGGACGGGCAGCCGAGCCCUGGCGUGGACACGCAGAUCUUCGAGGACCCGCGAGAGUUCCUCAGCCACCUGGAGGAGUACCUGCGGCAGGUGGGUGGCUCCGAGGAGUACUGGCUGUCGCAGAUCCAGAACCACAUGAACGGGCCGGCCAAGAAGUGGUGGGAGUUCAAGCAAGGCUCGGUGAGGAACUGGGUGGAGUUCAAGAAGGCGUUCCUGCAGUACAGCGAGGGCACGCUGUCCCGCGAGGCCAUCCAGCGCGAGCUGGACCUGCCGCAGAAGCAGGGCGAGCCGCUGGACCAGUUCCUGUGGCGCAAGCGGGACCUGUACCAGACGCUGCACGUGGACGCCGAGGAGGAGGAGGUCAUCCAGUACGUGGUGGGCACCCUGCAGCCCAAGCUCAAGCGCUUCCUGCGUCACCCGCUGCCCAAGACGCUGGAGCAGCUCAUCCAGAGGGGCAUGGAGGUGCAGGACGACCUGGAGCAGGGGCCCGAGCCGGCCAGCCCCCUCCGCGCCGCCGAGGACGAGGCCGAGGCCGAGGCCCUGACGCCGGCCCUCACCAACGAGUCCGUGGCCAGCGACCGGACCCAGCCCGAAUAGAGGGCAGCCCGGGCGCCCGCCUCCCCGCCACAGCCCACCUGUGGCCUUUGCCCAUUGGGACUUUGGAGCUGGACUGAGUCGUGCAGUGGGCGGCCUCGUUCUCGUCCAGUUGGAACCCCUCAGCCUCCCAGCCCGAUUCGCACAGACACGCGUCGUCCAGUCGCGGGCAGUGUGCCCCAAACAGCACAGGAACCCCUCUCCCCUGCCAGACCCUGCCCUGUCACCCUCCGUCUGUCUUCCGGGGCUCUGGGCCUGCCUGGGCCACUCCCCCUUCCCCCCCCACCCCACACACACUCAGGCCAUGACAGGAGCCCAGCCUCCUCAUCCUGCUCAGCGCUCGGGCCCUCUGGGCACUCAAAAACCGAGUGUCUGGGUGGCAUUGGCCAGCGGGCACCAAGCUCAGGGGACACCCCAGAGCCGAAGCCAAGGCAGAACCAGUGCCCUGGGAACCUCAGCUUCGGGCCGCGGCCUGGCCCCGGCCGUCGCCGUGCAGGGGGCUGGCCCGCCUCGGGCAGCGUGGCUCCCUGUCCCCGAGGACAACCGAAGCUGAGACGCAGCAGCGGCAGCAGCAGACCUGGCGGCCGGUGCCUCCUGGACCCUCAGAAGCGUCGGUGAUUCAUGCCAGCCUGGAGAAGGGUUGAACUCGGCUUGGUGACUCACCAGUGGCAGGUGGAGGGUCCCACGGGGCCGAGUCCUCCAACCGGCUGAGGCAGC